AUGGAAGACUCGCCGCCAGCCGUGCGGGCUCUACGGGAAAAGUUUGGAGACCGAAAACCACCUGAUAUCCGCCGCAAAAUCACGGCCUGUGUGGCAUGUCGAAAGCAAAAGAUUAAAUGCCACAUGAUAUAUGGGCAAACUCCUUGCUCUCGAUGCAAGAAACGAGGCUUGUCAUGCACCGUCAACCGGAGCCUCCAGAUGCUGUUGGAAGAUGAUGUGACCUGGAAAGACUCCGUGUCCAAUAAACUCCAACAGUUGGAGGAUUGUAUAACCAGGAUUGCUACAAAAGUGGACAUCCCAGACAUACAUUUACAACCUCGCAACCAUUCUGAAACCCCGAGUCCACCGGCGGCUGUUGUUUUUAGCAAAUCUUCAAGUCAAACUCCAAUAUCUUCAGUAGGAGAAGAACGCCUGUCGCCACGGACAUGGGCAGUUGUCAUGGAUCCGCGAGGGGGUCCAGCCUCUAUUCCGGCAUCGUGUGUCUCUGAAAUUCGAACCACGGCUUCAUUGGGUCAGCUUCCAUGUUCUGAUCGGCUAGAUCUAAUUACGACGGGAAUUUUGUCUUCGCAUCAAGCACUUUCUCUCUUUGAGAUAUACCACUCACGACUAGAUCACUUCUUGUAUCGCAUUCUUGGUGAUCACACCAGCCUAGACUCAGUAAGGACGGGCUCCCCACUGCUCACUGCUGCGGUUUGCACCGUGGGAGCACUACAUUCUUCAUCCCUUGGUCACCUUUUUGAAACUUGUUAUCGCGAAUACAGAAAUCUAGUCGCCACUUCAUCAUUUUCUCCAGGCAUGAAAGCGGACGAUGUAAGAGGUCUUUGCAUUGGUGCCUUUUGGCUGCAUGAACUUUCCUGGGCUCUCGUUGGAACGGCUGUUCGGGUCGGGUCUGGUAUCAAGCUGCAUCAUGGAAUAUACAGGGCACUGAACGGAGACCGAGAAGGUUAUCUCCAAACUCGACUAUAUUGUUUACUUUACGUUUGCGACCAUCAUUUUUCCGUUGCAUACGGCAGACCUCCGAUGUCUCGAGAAGGGUUUAUAAUCGACUGUGCCAGUCAGUUUUUGGAGACUGAGCACGCAACCGAAGACGAUGCAAGACUGGUCAGUCAAGUGAAGGAAUGGUCAAUACUCGGCAAAGUGUUUGACACGUUUGGCGUCGAUGUCGACACUCCAAUCCCUCCUCACUCUCUUCCACAGCUUCGGCGAUUUUCCAUCGCCCUCGACUCAUGGCAUGCAGACUGGAACGAGGCUUUCAAGGCCAAUCAAAAUGUUGGAAACUAUCCUCAGAAGGGUGUCGGCUUGCACUAUCACUUUGCAAAGCUUUAUCUCUGUUCGCAUGCAUUCCGCGGUGUUCCUCCUGCGCAAGAUUCUCGACAGUGCUUAACCCCCGAAAUGGAAGAAGUUGCCAACAUUGGUGUCCUCUCAGCAAUGUCGAUUCUUCGGGUAAUUGUAUCCGAUGAUGAAUUUCAAUCAUUUCUUAACGGUCUGCCGCUUUACUUUGAUACUAUGAUUGCGUUUGCUGUCGUGUUUUUGUUGAAGAUAGCCACCAAGUACGCGACAGCGAUCCGGAUCGACACUGCUCAGAUUCUGACGUUGGUAACUCAAAUCGUAAUAGCUCUACGGGAUAUCACGCGGAAUAUGCAUCGACAGCAUCUGCUAGUGACAAUCGCCGCAGGUUUGGAGAAAUUACUGUCCAAGUGUCAAGAGUCUGCUCACCACAUACAAAAAUCCAUCUCGCACCCAGCUCAGGCGUCAUACCACGCACAAAAUGAUACAAGCUGGAUGGAAAGUAUAACAGACUUUGAUUUCCUAACAAACUUUUCAUCUGUGGGCGAUUGGUCUUUUGAUUAUAGUGCUCCGAUUACACCUAGGCAUACAACUUGA